UUCUGUCGUCUGAGUUGUUGCGUUGUGUAGUAUGGCAGAUGUUUACCAACAUUUCAGGUAUCAUGUUGCGUCCGUCAUCAGGGCGUUGUAUGUGCCUAGUGGUUGGAGGGAGCUAGAUUUGUAGUAAGCGGACAGUGAUUGGAGUAGAUUUUUUAGUUUUCAUGUCAUUUCCAGAUAAUUAACAAAUGGCUCAGUUUCGCCAAAAUAAAAGUACUCCGAAACAGAUUAGGGAGUUCAAAAUUAUAAUUAUAGGAGAACCGUAUGUUGGGAAAACUUGCCUGAGUUACAGGUUCUGUGAAGGCAAAUUUCUUCCCAAUCCUGAAGCAACAAUAGGAGUGGAUUUUAGGGAAAGGACUGUUGAUGUCGAUGGAGAAAAAAUAAAGCUGCGACUGUGGGACACUGCAGGCCAAGAACGUUUUAGACAGGCCAUGGUUCAUCAUUAUUAUCGAAAUGUUGAUGGUGUUGUUAUCGUCUUUGAUGUAACUAAAAUGUCUACUUUCGAGUCGCUGCCAGAAUGGAUUGAAGAAUGUAAGUAUCACAGCGUAGGAAGUGAUAUCCCACGAGUCUUGGUGGGCAAUAAAUGUGACUGCAAGGAAAAACAAGUUGUAAAGAGAAGUGAAGCUUUGAGGUUUUCUGACAUCCAUAACAUGCCAUAUUUUGAAACAUCGGCGCAGGAUGAAUCAGAGUCAGACAAUGUAGAAGCAAUUUUUCUGACAUUGGCCCUCAAGCUUAAGAAUCAUCGUCCAUUGAUGCUGUCACCUUUGUCUGAAGUCCAAGGAAGUAAUUCAGUUGAAGCUUCUCAUCAGGGUUUCAUCUUAUUUCCCAGUCCUCAACCUAAACCUCCUGCUGACACAUCAUGCUGUUGAACUGAAGUACUCAUUUACUAUAACAAAUAGAAGGCACUUUUAACAUUAUGAUGCAUUUGAAAUGUAUUUGUAUUUUAUGUGCACAAUUUCCUCCAAACUACUGUUUUCAAGUCCACAAAUACAUUAUGAACAGCAUAAUUUUGCUGACAGAUCUGUGGAGUAUAGUAAAUAAUAUACUAAAUAUCUGUAAAGUAAAGCUGUCCCAGUAUACGCCAUCUAGGCGCUUGAGGGUAGAGGAGGUGUAGCUCCUACUCAUUCUUAACUCUGCACUAGAUGGGGGCGAGCGGUCAGCUUCAUGCCCCGGCCGUGCUUUACACCUGGGGAAACGGCCCCUGGUACCCAAUGGAUAGGAUGCUGGGUGAGCCCCAGAAGUGGUCUGAACACAGGCUACAAGAACUGUGAUCAUCACUUUUCUGACUGAGCUACCAUGGCUCCUGAAAUACUUUAAAACUGGAAGUUAUGUCAACAUCUGUGGUAUUUCAUAUGCAUAGCUCAGUCAGUAUAGUGACUAGCUACGGACUGGACGGCCGGGGAUGGAGGAUUUUUCCUCUAGCCUCUGCGUCCAGACCGGCUCUGGGGCUCACCCAGCCUCCUCUACAAUGGGUACCACGGU